UUAAAUCUCCUCUGAAUCUGAUGGUCGAGCUCAUCUUGAAUUUUGAAUUAUAUAUUGAAAAAUCAUAGAGAAACUAGUGGAACAUUUUAAGCUUAGUACAAACGAGUACAGAUUUAGUACAAACGAUAGAAUUAGUACAGUAUGCGAAAAGCAAUCACAAAGUAUACAAAGUAACAACUUUUAUUCUUUCUGUUGAGGUUAGGAGAUUUCAAUAACAACAUAAACACGUGUUAAGUGCUUAAAGUGAUAGAAAACAGUUUGUUAAACAAUUAGCAAUGGACUUUGAUGAGGAAAUGGAGAAAGAGGAACAGAGUGAAGAGAAGGUUGUCAGUUUCCACGAGUUGGAGCUUGAUGAUAGAAUUUUAAAGGCAGUAGCAAAGCUGGGAUGGCUAGAGCCUACUCCCAUCCAAGAAAAAACAAUUCCCCUCCUCUUGGAAGGAAAAGAUGUAUUAAUUCGUGCAAGAACAGGUUCAGGGAAGACAGCAGCAUUUGCAAUUCCUCUGAUACAAAAAAUUCUCUCAAAUAAAUCUCGACAAACACGCCAAGAAAUAAAAGCAUUAAUCCUAGCGCCCAGCAAAGAACUCUGCAAGCAGAUUCAUCAGGUACUGAAAGACUUGACAACAAAAUGUUCACGAGAGGUGACCAGUGUGGACAUUAGUGGCCAAGUGGACCUCUCUAUUCACAAACCAAUCCUGGCUGAAAACCCAGACAUAGUCGUUGGAACUCCUAGCAGAAUUCUUAAGCAUCUCAAGGCCGGCCACCUGAGCCUCAAGGAGAGUCUUGAGACAUUAAUAAUCGACGAGGCAGAUCUGAUAUUUUCUUUCGGAUAUGAGGACGAGAUUAAGAAGGUCUUAGGACACCUUCCCACGGUGUAUCAAGCUGCUUUGGCUUCAGCAACUCUCUCAGAGGAUGUUCUAUCUCUAAAGAAACUUGUUCUCCAUAAUCCAGCAACCCUGAAGUUGCAGGAGGCACCACUGGCACCACCAUCACAACUGGCCCACUACAUUCUCGCUGCUGAGGAGAACGACAAAGCUGCUAUUCUCUACUCUCUCCUGAAACUUCACCUGAUUAGGGGAAAGACUAUCAUUUUUGUUAAUACUGUCGACAGGUGCUAUAAGCUGAAGCUGUUUUUGGAACAGUUUGGUAUUCCAACAUGUGUGCUGAACUCUGAACUGCCUGCUUCGUCGAGAUGCAGAGCUGUCACACAAUUCAACUCGGGGACUUACGACAUCAUUAUCGCUUCGGAUGAGAAAGCUCUGGAGGAGCCCCACUUGGUCAAGGAGAAGAAGGGAAAGAGAAGGAAGGAUAAGGAGAGUGGGGUGGCCAGGGGCAUUGACUUUCAAUUCGUAUCGAAUGUUGUUAACUUUGAUUUUCCACUUGAUGUCAAUUCAUAUGUGCACAGAGCUGGCAGGACUGCCAGGGGAAAGAAUCAGGGGACUGCUCUCAGCUUUGUUGCUAUUAGGGAGAGAGACAUGAUGAUGAAGGUCGAAGAGACACUCAAGGGAAGCUAUGGGAAGAAAAGUCUAUUUAAGAAUUAUCAAUUCAAACUGGAGGAGGUCGAGGGUUUCAGAUAUCGAGCGAAAGAUGCCUGGAAGGCAGUCACGAGAAUAGCAGUGAGAGAAGCCAGAUUGAAAGAAAUAAAACAAGAGCUCUUAAACUGUGACAAAUUAAAAAGUUACUUCGAUGACAAUCCCAAGGACUUGCAGACACUAAGACAAGACAAAGCUCUUCAUACUGUUAAAAUACAGCCCCAUUUGAAGGACGUCCCAGAGUACAUCGUUCCAGAGUCUUUGAAGAGGCUCAUAGGCUUUGGGAAGAGAAAACGCAAGUUUAAUAGGGAUGCAGCCGCUUCUGGAGCUACACCAGCUAAAUCUAAGCAUGUGGCUAGAGCUUCAAACCCUCUGGUCAGCCUCACAAUUCAAAAUAAGCAAAGAAAAUGAAGGAAAUCAAGUCUCAUGAAUUUUUAAAUUAAUAAACUGUUUUAAAUAGAUGCAAAAUCAAA